AUGGUUGUGAAGCUCUACGGAUUCCCCACCUCAACAUGCACACUCCGCGUCGCAGUGGUGUUGAAAGAAAAGAAUGUACCAUUCGAAUUUAUUCCCGUCGAUCUGCUCAAGGGUGCGCACAAGGCCCCCGAGUUUACCGCCCACCAGCCUUUUGGUCAGGUCCCUUACAUCGAUGAUGAUGGUUUGAUUCUUUAUGAAUCGAGAGCAAUCUGCCGGUAUAUCGCCGCGAAGUACGCUUCCCAAGGAACUCCGCUGCUUCCCACUGACCCCACCGCCAACGCAUUCUUUGAGCAAGCUGCGUCGAUUGAAACAUCCAACUAUGAUCCUUUCGUCUCCGGAUUGGCAUGGGAGUUGAAAUUCACCAUGUGGUUUGGAGGGAAGACCGACGAAGCCCGUGCUAAACUAUUGCAAAACCAACUUUCUGCAAAGCUUGAUGCUUACAAUGUCAUCCUUGGUAAGCAGAAAUACCUAGCUGGAAACGACAUCACUGUGGCCGAUCUGUUCCAUCUGCCCUACGGUGCCAUCGUUCUAGAUAUUGGUAUCGACGAAUUCAGCAGCCGCCCCAAUGUCGCCAGGUGGUGGAAAGAGAUCUCAACCAGGGCGUCCUGGGAAGCAGUGAAGGGAGGUAUCUGA